UUCCUGGGACAGUACGAAGUCGUUUCGCGCGGUGCCAACGAAAUAUUUGGUGAUGGCAGGGCGUACAAAGAAAGAGAAGCUGGAAUUAGUCACCCAGAAGAUCAGACCGUUUCCCGAUUUUCCGAGUAAAGGCAUUCUGUUUAGAGAUAUUUGCCCCUUACUAAAAGAUCCCGAAGCGCUAACUGCGGCUAUUGAUUUAUUUGAAGAGCACGUAAAGGAAGCAUACCCGCAGGUCCAGCAGAUUGUGGGCUUGGAUGCCCGUGGGUUUCUGUUUGGUCCUCUGCUGGCUCAGAGGCUAGGAGUGGGCUUUGCGCUGGUCCGGAAGAAAGGCAAACUCCCGGGACCUACUGUUUCUGUGGCCUAUACCCUGGAGUACGGAAAGGCAGAGGUUGAGAUCCAGGCAGAUGCUGUGGAUCCAGGACAGAAGGUCUUGCUUAUUGAUGACUUGCUGGCUACUGGAGGAACACUGUUUGCAGCCUGUGAGCUCAUGAAGAAGCAAAAAGCGGAGGUGCUGGGCUGCUUGGUGGUGGUCGAGCUGAGAGACCUGAACGGACUGGAAAGACUCAAACCCCAUUCGGUGUUCUCCCUGGUGCAGUACUGAUGUCCCGUCUGCAUCUGCAGGCGUAACGGUUCGAUUUUAGGGCUCUGGGAACACCGGUUAACCAUUGUCCACUCCGUUCCUGCGAUCUGUGUUCCAACACAUUGUGUCAGAGAAAUGCAAGAUAGGACAAUGUCACAGCGUAGGUUGUUUAAGGGGACAUUUGCAUGCACUUUACAUCUUUACAUAGGCAAUUACAGACAAUUACAGUUAAGUUGCUUUGAUAUGCACAUUACUGUGUGUGUACUUACAGGACAAAUUUCACAUCAGAAGUGGAAGAAUGCCUUUUUGCCCCUGCAGCGGGCCAUGUUUUUACUUUACCAUUCAACAUUAGAAUAGUAAUAGCUCUUGUGACUUCCUUUACGCCUUAACCGAAUGAUUCCAGCCUUGAUCAUGACGUAAUCCAGUCUUUGUUGUCUUAAAAACAUAGGAACCUUCAAAUGUUUGACCAGUUUGAACCUCAGUUUGAUCAGUAUAAAAUGCAGGUGACAAUGUGCUGGUUGUGCUCCAUUUUGCUGUUAGAGACCAGGGGCUCAACUACCUCUUCCUUCAAACUGGAUGUGUUUUACAUGCUGUAUGAAUGAGCAGGUGUGAGUGUUGAAAAAGUGAUGAUUCUUUUUCUAAAAAACUGUUGCACUUGUACUGUUAAGUUCUUAAAGUGGUAUUGUAUUUGUAACCCACAACACUCAGUUAAGCCAUUUAGGUUUUACACAAUGCCAGUAAUAAAAUACUUGGAUUAAUGGAAUGCACUGCCCCAUAACCUUUCACCAUUUCAAAUGUUAAAAGGACAAACUGCGUGUCAUAUUCAGAGCAUUCACAAGCACAGCUCUGAACUGAGGUUGAACAAUCACUGCUAAAUAAAGAUCCUAA